CUCCUUGACGAAACACCGCGGAGCAUGCGCAGAUCCUCUGCAGGUUACACGAGUUUAUUUUCAGGCUUGAAGAGGCGCUUUGGAGGCGUAGAAACUAACCGUAGCUAACCUUUUGUAAUGACGUAGAGACACCCGUCUGGGGUAUUUGUUCCUAAAAUGUGACCGGAAUCGUCUUCGGGGCGUAGAGGGAGUUGUGAGUGACGUGUGAAAUGUCGCUGCUUGGUUUGUCGGUAUUUGCAGGCGGCGACAGACUGACCCAGCCAGGCUAGUUUAAGCUAGCUAGCUACCUGAAAGCCGAGCGGCUCGGCUAAUACCGUUAGCUCAUCGUUUGUUGUGUACGGCGUGGGUUUGUUGUCAAACUGGUGUUUAUAUUGAACCCAGACAGCAUUAAUGUUUAGGUAAAAUAUUCUGUGCGCUGUCGCAGCGGAGAGUUUCGUUGUUGAAAUAGGGGUGGCGCAACUUAGCUAGUUGUUGGCCAUAUUUGUUUAUUAACUAGUCACGUAAUCAGUGAUAUAUAGUCUGUUUAUAUUAACCAGACUCUAAAAUUGGUGCUAUGCUAUCAGGAAAGCUAGGAUCGUAGUUCUCGGCGUGGCGCAGAGUUUUGAACUGAUAUGGCAGCUAGCGGAUACUAUGACCUGAGGGAGAAGCUGAAGUCCAUGACUCCACACAGAGACGACUACAAAAAUAAAUACGCGCACGGGACGAGCAACGGCAGCCGCAAAGACCGCAAGCGAAAGUACAGGGAGUCCGAUGACGAGGAGUACGAGCACAGCGACGACAGCGCCGAGCUGCGGGAGCAGGAGGCCCGGCGGGUGAGCAGCAGCAUCCAGCAGAGGAGCAUCUUCACCCCGGAGGAAUGCGCCCGCAUCGAGGAGAAGAUCGACGAGGUGGUCGCCAACGGGGAGGCGGGACUGUACCGCGAGCACACGGUGGACCGGGCGCCGCUUCGCAACAAGUACUUCUUCGGGGAGGGCUACACGUACGGGGCGCAGCUGGAGAAGCGCGGGCCGGGCCAGGAGCGGCUGUACCGCAAAGGAGAGGUGGACGACAUCCCCGGCUGGGUGCACGAGUUGGUGAUCAAGCCGCUGGUGUCCAACGGGGUGAUUCCUGAGGGAUUUGUCAACAGCGCUGUGAUCAAUGAUUACCAGCCGGGGGGCUGCAUUGUGUCCCAUGUAGAUCCUCUGCACAUCUUCGCUCGGCCCAUCGUCUCCGUGUCCUUCUUCAGUGACAGCGCGCUCUGCUUCGGCUGUCGCUUCCAGUUCAAACCAAUCCGGGUGUCCGAACCAGUGUUCGUCCUUCCUGUGAGGAGAGGAAGUGUCACAGUCCUCAGUGGCUAUGCAGCUGAUGAGAUUACCCACUGCAUUCGACCCCAGGAUAUCAAAGAGCGACGUGCAGUAAUCAUCCUCAGAAAGACUAGACCGGACGCCCCUCGGCUAGACUCCGACAGCCCUUUAAACUCCUCGUUGAAGGCAAGACCUACUCCACUAAAAGCCAAACGCUCUCAUCGCAAAGCAGAUCCUGAUGCUGCUCACAGGCCACGAGUCCUGGAGAUGGAUAAGGAGGAGAACAGACGUCCGUCCCUUUCCCACCAGCAUCGCCACAGCCUCAGCUCAGAGAACUACUGGAGGCGCGACCAGGACCACGACGAACACCGAGAGAGCUCAGGCCGCAAAGUCAAAAUGAGCCGCCAUUGAACACUUCUGUCAUAAACACUCAAUACCGUUUUGUUUUUUUUCUUUUUUGGUGUGACAAUAAUAUCCGUCUCUUUGAUUAGUAAUUGUUUUUUUGAGACGAGAGCACAGCGUUUGUUUUGAUCUCAUCUUGAAUCAGGAAACAAUGGAGGAAAACUUUUAAGUAUUCAUUUGUUGGCAGAAAAAACUGACUUUUUUCCCCGUAUGUUACACAAACUAGUUACUCACCCCAGUAAAUAUUCUUCGCUUACCUAAAAAUACAACUUUGCUUUAUUCCUGUGCUCAUAGAUAAUUUAAUGACUUUUUUUCUACUUCAAAAUGUAUAGACUUUGAGGAAGCUAAAAGGAAAAUGUAUGUAUGGACAUGUACAGAGGUAAACUUGAGUUGUAAUCUAACAGGAUCUAUUGUACAAAAUAUUGUAUAGUCUUUAAUCUGGGGUUGUCAUGGAGAACGAUUGUUUAUUUUUGCUCUGCACCUUUGUUUCAUAUCAUCCCUUUGCUUAGCAAUGUUAGCUCUUCCCUCUUUGUUCAGGCUUUUGUCUCAGUUUGAGGAGCAGCUCCAACACACACACAGUUUGUUGUGUGUUGAUUUGACCGGUCUUGAUGGAGCCUAAAAAGUCAACAGAUGCUUUGCGGAGUGAUGAGAAACUCAGAUCUUGUUUAACACUCUUGCUUUGAGUCUAAAGUUUAUCUUACAUGAUGGCAAAAACUGUGUCAAUGCUGUUCUCUAUUAAAACCAAUGUUUUCUUCA